UGCAGCGAAGGGUCUCCUGUGGGGCUGCUCCAGAGGCGGCGGAGACACGGCCUGGGAAACCAUCAUCCCCCGGGAAGAGAAGGGACCCCGUCCCGCUGCUCCAGAGGGAACCCACAAGAGGACCUUUAUCUCAGCCUUCCUGCCAGGACACGGUGCCGAGAUGCAGCCCGUGCCCCUGCAGAGCCUUUCGGAGCUGGAAAGAGCCCGGCUGCAGGAGAUCGCGCUCUACCAGCUGCAGGAGAAGCUGCUGGUGGGGGACCUCAGCCUGGCCAAAGUCAGACCUAAAGGCAGCAAAUCCAUCCGCCAGAAACUGGAGAGCUUCUCAAAGGAGAGGAAAGACUGCUCUCCUCAGACUUUUGGGAUCCCCCUCUCCCAAGUCAUCGCCAAUGACCGUGCCUACAAGCAGCUGCAGGAGGAAUUGAAGAAGAGCCGCCGGCUCUGCCUGGAGGUGGAAGCCACAGUGAGGAGGUUUCAGGCACAGAGGCAGAAGAGGUCCCCCGUGGGCAGGAGCUGUGGGCUGGUGCCCUGCGGGGUCUUCCCGGAGGAGCCACUUUCCCCGACUCUUCUCGACAACAGGUCCUGGAGCCAGCGAAGGGGGGCCAUGUCCGUGGACUCCAUCACUGACCUGAGUGACAACACGUCCAAGCUGCUGGAGGCACUGCAGUUGUCCCACCCCCGCGAGCUGGAUCGACGCCGAAGCCUGGGCAAGACAGAGAUGUUGAGUCUCAACCCCAUCACCCAGCAGGUUCCACGGAUUGUGGAGAGGUGUUGCCAACACAUCGAAACACACGGUCUCCAAACGGUGGGCAUCUUCCGGGUGGGGAGCUCCAAGAAGAGAGUUCAGCAGCUGAGGGAAGAGUUUGACCAAGGACUGGACGUUUUCCUGGAUGAGCAUCAAAGUGUCCAUGACGUGGCUGCUCUGCUCAAAGAGUUUCUCCGGGACAUGCCGGAUCCCCUGAUUCCCAGGGAGCUCUACGCUGCCUUCCUCCGCACGGCCUCCAUGGAGGGGCCGGCUCAGCUGACCACCCUCCAGCUGCUGCUCUUCCUGCUGCCCCCCUGCCACAGCGACACCCUGCACCGGCUCCUGCGGUUCCUGGGUGAGGUGGCCCGGCACGCCGAGGGCUCCCAUGGGCCCCAGGGCCAGCAGAUUCCUGGGAAUAAAAUGACGGUUUCAAACCUGGCCACAAUCUUUGGUCCCAACAUCCUUCAGAAAGAGAAGCCUGGGGAGAAAGACGCUGGUGCCAUGAACUUUGAAGACAGCGCUGCCAUCAUAGUGGUUCUCCAGAGGCUGAUUGAGCACUGCCAGACCUUGUUCACGGUCUCCCCCGAGAUGCAACACGACGUCCUAAGGAGGCUCUUUCAGACAGACCCCGAUGUCAUCGACUACCUUCUGCGCAGGAAGUUCAAUGCCGGGCCGAGCACGGAGAGCGAGGAUUCAAGGGAGGAGCAGGGUCCAUCCCCACCACCUGCUCGGACCCGCACCCUGGGGAGCAGCGCGGUGUCCUCGGAGUUGUACAGCAACGUCUCCUUCCUAAACCUGGACGUUGGCAUCUAGCAAGCCUGGUCUGUGCCCUCGGCACGACCAUCUGCGGACAAAGCUGGGCAACCUUUCUCUGGCAAAAGCUGUCCCGCUUCGGAGGAGAGGAGUGGGAACCUCUGUGGGAGCAUCUUUGCUGCCAGCAGAGAUUCCAGAUGGUUGUGGUGCCGUCAGAGCCACAGCAGGAGAUGUGUGUGUGUGAGUUGCCACCAGAAGGGCUUCCCAGGCCUGGGUUCCUUGGGCGAUGGCAACCAGGAAACCCGUGUGCUCGAGCAGCAGCUGUGGGAAGGGGAGCGAGCCAGGAGGCCACGGGGACGUGCUGUCGCCUUGUGUGGAGCUCUGAGGAACAGUCUCUGUCACCUACUGCUCCUUAGGAGUUGGAGGCACGUGGUGUUCAUCCCCACCGCUGUGAGCUCCUGGCUCAGGGUUGCCAGCAUGAUGGGUGGCAGCGCGGGCCACCACAGGGUGGUCUUGUGUCCUCCCUACCCAGGCAGGACAACCUCUGCCCUCCGAAUGACCACCAGCCCCCAGCACUGGGAUGGAGAACUGGUGCAGACUGGGGAGCACUGGGCAGGAGUGUGGUGCCUCAUGCCAUGCUCGGUGGACAGGACUCGGAGCUCCAACUCAGACCCCACCUGGUGCACCCCCUGGCAUCUGCUGGGUUCUGGUGGGGCUGGUCACGUAGAGGGACGGGGGAGCCUGGGGCUGAGCCCCCCAGCGCAGACAGGGAGGGGACAGACCUGGAUGGGGACCCUGUGGGGCAGCGAGGACGGAAAAAUGCCGUGUUCAGCUUUGGGCAGUGGGAGCUUUGGGAUCCCCUUUGCCGAAACACGGGACCGUGCGGGGAGACACCUCUCCUGGAGCUGCAGGAACACCCGGGGAGGGGAAGCGACGGCACCGUCACUCAAAGCCACCCCAGCCUGCCACGGUCAGAAUCAAUCACUGCUCCCUGCCUGGUCUGAACCCGGGUUUCAAACUGCUCCUUUUGUGGACAGAAAACGCCAUAUUGACCCCAAAACUUAUGAUUGGUGCAGUAAGGGGGACCAAUGUACUCUGAGGACUAUAAACUUCAAUUUUCCUUGGGUUAAUAUUCAUUAAGUAGACUUCAAUUGUAUUUUACAGAUUAUGGUGUCUCCUUGUGGCUGAGAAAAGCCUGGUUUGGUUUGUUCCUGCUGCUCAGGAAGUCACGGCCACUCACAUGAAAACAUGCAUUUCUGGCUGGUGUG